AUGGCGACGAAGUUCGGAUUAGCCGGCGGGAUACCGGAGCGCCGUGUUCGACCGAUAUGGGACGCCAUAGAUUCUCGCCAGUACAAGAACGCUCUCAAGCUAUCCACUUCACUGCUGUCCAAGUAUCCCAAUUCUCCUUACGCCCUUGCACUGAAGGCUCUGAUUUUGGAGCGAAUGGGAAAACCUGACGAAGCAUUGUCCAUUUGCUUGAACGCCAAGGACCUAUUGUACAAGAACGACUCUCUGUUGAUGGAUGACCUUACUCUCAGCACGCUCCAGAUUGUUUUCCAACGGCUUGAUCGUUUGGAUUUGGCUACAAGCUGUUAUGAGUAUGCUUGCGGUAAAUUUCCAAACAAUUUGGAACUGAUGAUGGGGCUUUUCAACUGUUAUGUUCGUGAAUAUUCUUUUGUCAAACAACAGCAGACUGCAAUUAGAAUGUAUAAGCUUGUUGGUGAAGAAAGGUUUUUGCUCUGGGCUAUUUGUAGCAUCCAGUUACAGGUGUUCUGUGGAAAUGGUGGAGAAAAGCUCUUGGUAUUAGCCGAAGGGUUAAUUAAGAAGCACAUUGGUUCCCACAGCUUGCAUGAGCCUGAAGCUCUGAUUGUCUAUCUCUCCAUAUUGGAACAGCAAGCAAAAUAUGGUGAUGCCUUGGAAGUUCUUUCGGGGAAAUUGGGGUCAUUGCUGAUGAUUGACAUUGAUAAGCUACGCAUACAGGGGAGACUUCUUGCACGAUCCGGUGACUAUACUUCUGCGGCGGACAUAUACCAGCAGAUUUUAGAGAUAAGCCCUGAUGAUUGGGAGUGUUUCCUACAUUAUCUAGGCUGCUUGCUAGAAGAUGAUAGCAGUUGGAAUCACGAAGCCGAUUCUGAUUCAAUUCAUCGUCCUAAACAUGUUGACUUUAAGGUCUCACAUUUAACAGAUGAUAAGUUUGAGUCUUGUAUGUCAAAUGCCUUGGCCUUUGUUCAAAGAUUACUCGUGGACACUACAGAUGAUCCUGUCAGAGGCCCGUACUUGGCAGCCCUAGAGAUUAAAAGGAGGAAGCAUGUAUAUGGCACAGGAAGUGAUGAUGAGCUGGUGGAAGCUCUACUGAAAUAUUAUCUCAAGUUUGGGCACUUAGCCUGCUUCUCUUCUGAUAUUGAAUCUUUUGUUCAACAACUUACCCCAGACAAGAAGACUGAGUUUAUGGAUAAGAUAGUGAAAAGUUGUGAUUCCGUGACAGCAACAGGGACUAAAGUGCUUGGUCAAUCUAUAACAAUAUUCAAACUUCGAGAGUUGAUUGGGAACCUGCUCAAUCUUCCUGUGGUUGAACUUGAGAACUUAGCUGCAGAGAUGGUUGAGAUGUUCUGUAAAAACCUUCCACUAUCUAAAGACUUGGACCCACAAGAGAAUAUGCAUGGUGAAGAGCUCUUAUGCCUUGCCAGCAGUCUGCUAGUUCAGCUUUUCUGGCGGACAGGGAACUUUGGUUACUUCGUGGAGGCAAUCAUGGUACUGGAGUUUGGUUUGACAAUACGAAGAUAUGUCUGGCAGUACAAGAUCUUGCUGGUGCAUCUGUAUUCUCAUUUGGGCGUGCUUUCAUUAGCUUAUGAAUGGUAUAAAUCCCUAGAUGUGAAGAAUAUUUUGACAGAAACCGUUUCACACCACAUUUUACCCCAGAUGCUGGUAUCUCCGCUGUGGGAAGAUUUAAGGAGUUUGCUAAAAGAUUAUCUUAGGUUCAUGGAUGACCACUUCAGGGAAUCUGCUGAUCUCACUUUUCUUGCAUACCGCCAUAGAAACUAUUCCAAAGUAAUUGAGUUCGUACAAUUUAAAGAACGACUCCAACGCUCAGAUCAGUACUUGGUUGCAAAGGUUGAAACAUCAAUUCUACAGCUGAAGCAAAAAGCAGAUUCUAUUGAAGAAGAGGAGCGUGUUCUUGAAGAUCUGAAAUGUGGGGGUCACUUUGUUGAGCUUUCUAAUGAAAUUGGGUCAAAGUCGUUGUCAUUUAAUGAAGAUCUCAGUUUGCGGCCAUGGUGGACACCGACUUCAGAGAAGAAUUAUCUCUUAGGUCCUUUUGAAGGAAUUGCUUACUGCCCCAAGGAGGACUUGGCAAAAGAAAGGGAAGAAAGAGUGCGGAGGAUGAUUGAGAAGAAGUCUCUUCUUCCUCGGCUGAUUUAUCUUUCAAUUCAAAGUGCGUCUGCAUUAAACAAGGACAACAUUGAGAUGAAUGGUUCUUCUUCUGAUCCUAACAUUUCUAAGGAACUUAAGUAUCUGCUUGAACGGUAUGCAAAGAUGUUGGGAUCUACAUUCAGUGAUGCGGUAGAUGUGCUCAUGAGGGUCUCUACUGACCAGAAAUCCUCCCAGGCAUUUGGUUCAGACACUGUGGACUGGCUGCACUUUGCUGUGUUCUUAAAUGCUUGGAACUUGAGUUCUCAUGAACUCUCAUUGCCAGAUGGGAAUAACAGUGGGCACAGCAUUAUUCACGUAGUCGAUACUUUGCUGAUAAAGCAUGUUUCAGAAAAGAUUAAGAUAUCGGAUCCCCUCAAGUUCACAGGGGGUCAAGACUUUUCAACUUUAGUCCUACUGGUGACUGAACCGUUGGCCUGGCACAGUAUCAUUCUCCAGUCUUGUGUUCGUUCGUCCUUUCCAUCUGGGAAGAAGAAGAAGAAGGGUGGAGCCACUGAACACCAUAGCUCUCAGUUACUGAAUGCCCUUCGAGAUUCAACCCACUCUUUGCACGAUGUAGUGGAAGAGGUGACCAAAUGGUUGAGGAAACAUAUCAACACACCAGAGGAAAGCCACGUGGAGAUGCUGGUCUCUUCUAUCAGGAGAAACGGAGGAGAACAUGCUGGCGGGCCUGGGGCUGUUUUCCAGGUUCUGGAAAAUGUGGUACCUUCUCUUGAUGCGAGUGAAGUAGGCGGAAGGAUCUCCCGUUCAUUGAAGUCAUGGAGUGCUGUUGAUAUUGCCAGGAAGGUAGCAAAAGGAAAUUCUGCUGUGCUAUCCCAGUUCCUUCAAAUUUGCAUGUCGAAGGUCAAGUCGUUGCAAGCACUGAAACAGCAGAUUGCUCAAUUCUGA